AUGUUAGGGAAAAACAAGAAAGCGGCGAGUUUGAUUAAGGAAAAGGAUACUGAAGACACCUCUAAGAGAGAAGGAAAGGCCGUGAAGACGGAAGCAAAUGGUUCUACAAAAGAUCCUAAAGCCGCAGAAGUCGACUCCGAUACUGAAGACGUGUUGAAAGUACUUGCAUGUCUAACAAGACCGAUUAAACGCAGACCCCUUUACAGUGAUUCUGAUGAAGACCAGGACGGUGAAGACCGUGAAGACCCGACAGGGGAGGAGAUGAUGCAGGAUCAUCCAUUGUCAGAAGAUCCCGAUGCAUUCCUGUGGUAUAUCUCAGAGGAGCGUUACGAGGAGCUACAUCAGUGGUCGCAGACAUUUGGACAUAAAGGUUGGUCCUAUCUGCUCACAUGGGUGUUAUCUAACCGUGUUGUUGGUCCAGGUGGUCCAGAAAAAUGGCUAAAAAACGAGGAAAUUGAUGGCUUGCUCUAUGUAUUUCGUGAGAAUACGACUCUGAAACGAUGGGAUGUCGACAGAGUGGGGUUCAUGAACUUCAAUUUCGCAUGUUGUAUCAAGGCGGCGUAUGAGCAAUGGAAGAGUGUGAAGAAGAAGUUCGAAGUCAGUGAGUACCUCAUGGCUUUCGGCAAAGGCGGCAAGCACUGGAUCGCUUUGUGUAUCAAUUUCUCGGAGCGGGUCAUUGACGUCUUUGACUGCAACAGAUUGAAAAGGUACAGGGAGGUGGACGCUUUCACGCACAUGGUGCCGCGUAUCAUGAAGGAAGUGCAGACAGGUGAAACGAAGAAAAACCUCUCCAUCGCCCAUAUACCGCCAGAGUGUCAUUUGUUGGGACGAGAUGUGUCUUUGCUAAACGAUGAAAACAUGAAGUAUGCUAGGUACAAAAUAGCGUCUGACCUACUUCAGGCGGGAAGGGAUGAGGUUUUGCUUGAGCGGAUGUCAAGGCAUGUGACGCCGGAGUUUGCUCCCACAGAGACCAUAGACCUUAUGAAUGAUAACCACACAUUCAAGUGGGUUGAUGAGGCUCACUUAGAUGAGAUAGAGGGAUUGAAGAUGAGAAAUGCAAGGCUUGAGAAAAAACUUGAAGCGGUUACCAUUGAGAGGAUGGAGUUUGAGAGGCUUGUGUUUGAGAAAGUGAAAAUGAAGAUUGAAGAGGCUUUGGUUGAAUCAUCACAUACUACAAAGGAGAUGAUGAUUGGUGCAAUCGUUUUGUGUAUGGUGUUGGGUUUAGUAAGUUGUUAA